AUGGCCACCUCAGCUAGCGCCAAACUGAGCAAAGCUGUCAAGCAGCAGUAUAUGAGUCUCCCUCAAGGAGACAAGGUCCAAGCAAUGUACAUUUGGAUUGAUGGCUCUGGAGAAGGCCUGCGCUGCAAGACCAGAACUUUGGAUUCUGAGCCCAAGUCUAUUGAGGAACUUCCUGAGUGGAACUUUGACGGCUCCAGCACCUACCAAUCAGAGGGCUCCAACAGCGACAUGUUCCUGAUACCUGCGGCCAUGUUCAGGGAUCCAUUCAGGAAAGACCCCAACAAGCUGGUUCUCUGUGAAGUGCUUAAAUACAACCGCAAACCUGCAGAAACCAACCUGCGUCACUGCUGUAAGCAGAUUAUGAGCAUGGUGGAAAAUCAACACCCUUGGUUUGGAAUGGAGCAGGAGUAUACCCUCCUGGGCACAGAUGGCCAUCCCUUCGGCUGGCCCUCCAAUGGCUUCCCUGGUCCCCAAGGGCCCUAUUAUUGUGGAGUAGGAGCAGAUAAGGCAUACGGACGAGACAUUGUAGAGGCCCACUACAGAGCCUGUCUGUACGCUGGCGUUCAGAUCUGUGGAACCAACGCUGAAGUCAUGCCAGCUCAGUGGGAGUUCCAGAUUGGGCCUUGUGAAGGUAUCAACAUGGGUGACCAUCUGUGGGUCGCUCGCUUCAUCCUCCACCGAGUAUGUGAGGACUUCGGCAUAGUGGCAUCCUUCGACCCCAAACCUAUCCCUGGGAAUUGGAAUGGCGCUGGUUGCCACACCAACUUCAGCACAAAGGAAAUGCGAGAGGAUAAUGGAUUGAAAGCCAUUGAGGACUCAAUCGAAAGGCUGUCGAAGAGGCACCAAUACCACAUUCGGACCUAUGAUCCCAAAGGGGGGCUUGACAAUGCCAGGCGUCUGACUGGUCAUCAUGAAACCUCAAACAUCAAUGAGUUCUCAGCUGGUGUGGCCAACCGUGGAGCCAGCAUCCGCAUCCCUCGCUCAGUGGGCCAGGACAAGAAGGGUUACUUUGAGGACCGCCGCCCUUCUGCCAACUGCGACCCUUACAGUGUCACAGAGGCUCUGAUUCGCACAUGCUUGCUCAAAGAAGAGGGGGAUGAAACCAUAGAUUACAGCAAAUGAAUGCUUAACAAGACUGAUUCCUAGUUCUCUGAAAGUCACACCUUAAGACAGAAAUUGUCAUUGCCAGUGCAUUUUUGUUUAGACUUUUUUCUAUUACAAGAUUUUUUUGGACUGAACUAUAUUUUUUUUCAUAUUUUUACUUGACAAUUGAGAUAAUUGAGGUAGUGUUGCAAUCAGUUGUAUGUUGUACAUCCUCCAUCUUUGUCAUCGACACUGCUGUUUUGUCAACAGCAGAUUUUGUUCGCAAUGGUAAAGUCUCAAUGUGGAAUUCUUUAUACUGUUUAGGAUAUUAUUUGUACGGAUUUGCCUUCAUGUAAACUGUAUUACCUGUGCUAACAUUUACACUGCCAAUAGUCCAACAGGAUGUUACUGUUGAGCUUGUAACUCUGACCCAGAGGCAUUUGAAUGUGACUGUCUGUGUGUUAUGUUUUAUUUUUUUCCCCUGAGUACUCGUGCCUUUUGUCACAAUGUUGGUUUUCAUAUUGUGGCAAAGUAGGUCUGUUUUAUGUAAACAAAUCUUUUUUUUCUACAAUGCAUGUUAUUUGUUUCAGAAACUUGAAAAAAACUUUAAUAAACGUUAACAUUUUUACAACUUGA